AUGCCUUAUAGCCACAUUCUACCAUAUUUAUUGAGGGGAUCACUUGUGCAACUAAGGGAGUUAGGACCCCCACCAGCGGUUCUUCCUCCCGGUUAUGAUGCAAAUGCCCGCUGUGAAUUUCAUUCUGGCGCUCCCGGGCAUUCGAUCGAGAAUUGUAAAGCAUUAAAGUACAAGGUUCAAGAUCUUAUUGACUCUAAGGCAAUCACGUUCGCCCCCAAGAGGCCGAAUGUGAAUAAUAACCCGAUGCCCCCUCACAACAAUGCAUCGGUGAAUAUGAUGGAAGCUCACAAUGGAAGGAGAUUGAUGUCCUAUGUGGACGAGUUAAAAACACCACUCAUCGAGAUCAAGAAUGCUUUGAUGAAGAAUAAUACCUUUCCCGUCUGUGACUGCCCAUCUACAAAGGAAGAUGUGUCUACCCUCGAGAUGCCAUACGACGAAGUCCCUCCUCUGCAAAUUCCAUACGAAUUCUCUCAGUUAACUCUGUCGACAAAUCCUAUUACUCCAAUCAUAAUAACAGUUCCCACACCAUUCCCAUAUGUUGACACAAAGGCAGUCCCUUGGAUGUAUGACACCUCAGUCUACAUUCAAGGUCAAAAGAUUCAAGAAGAACCGAUAAAGUCUAGUGACCCAAUGAUCAAUAUCACCGGCACUAGCGGAGUCACAAGAAGUGGAAGGAUAUUUGCACCGACACCCACUCCAAUUGGAACUAUCAAUCCUUCAACUUCAGACAAAGGCAAGCAAAUUGAUGGCGCUCAGCAAAGACAAGACCCCGCACCUUCAAGUGAAGUAGACGAGUUCUUACGCAUCAUCAAGAAGAGCGAUUAUCGAGUAGUUGAUCAGCUUAACCAGACACCCUCGAAGAUCUCAAUGUUGUCUCUAUUGAUGUGCUCGGAGGCCCAUAGGGAGGCUUUGGUAAAGUUUCUGAGGACAGCUCACGUACCACAAGAGAUAUCUGUUUGUCAGUUUGAAGGAGUAGUUAACAAUAUCGCUACUAGCUUAAGCUUAGACACAGUCCUAUCAAGAGUUUUGGUAGACACUGGGUCUUCCCUCAAUGUGAUGCCUAAGAGCUCCUUUGCUAAACUAACUAUUGAAGGACUCGUAAUGAAGCCGAGUGAGCUUAUAGUAAGAGCAUUUGAUGGGACUAGAAGGACUGUAAUCGGUGAGGUGAAUUUGCUUAUGAAGAUUGGUCCCCAUAUUUUCCUUAUCACUUUCUUCGUAAUGGAUAUCUAUCCAGCCUACAGUUGUCUGCUUGGAAGGCCUUGGAUCCAUUCAGUUGGUGCAGUCACUUCAACGCUCCACCAAAAAUUGAAAUUCUUAGCUGAUGAUAAGCUAGUCGUUGUCGAGGGUGAGGAGGACAUUGUGGUAAGUCACCUCACAUCUUUCCAAUACGUUGAGGGAGAAGGGGAGAUAAGGGAAGUCCUAUUCCAAUCAUUUGAAGUUAUCAAUGUUGAAAUGGUUUGCCCAGCAAGGGGUGAAUCAAAAGAUGCCGAAUCUCCCAUGGUAUCUCUUAAAGACGCUCUGACAAUCAUAAAGGAUGGACACCCCCAAGGAUGGGGAAGAUUGCUUGAACUCCCUGCCAACAAGGACCGCACAGGUUUGGGAUACAACUCCUAA